CCGUCACGUGACCGCAACGCUCCGCCGGCGCCAAUUUCAAACAGCGGAACAAACUGAAAGCUCCGGUGCCCGACCCCACCCCCGGCCUCCUGGCCCGGGACCCCUCCCCUCCCGGGAUCCCCCGGGAUUCCCCACCCCUCCCGCACCGCCGGGGACCCGGCCGGCCUGGCGCGAGUCCCUGUCCGGGCCCCUGGCUCGGCCCCCAGGUUGGAGGAGCCCGGAGCCCGCCCUCAGAGCCACAGCCCAGCAGCAGCGGCGGCGGCUGCAGACGGGAGGGCCCGUGCUUGUGAUUCUCAAUGGAGAGUGAAAGCACAGAUUCAUAAUGAAAACAAGCCCCCGUCGGCCACUGAUUCUCAAAAGACGGAGGCUGCCCGUUCCUGUUCAAAAUGCCCAAGGUGAAACAUCAGGAGAGGAACCUAAGAGGCCCCCUGCCCAACAAGAGCCUGGUCAAGCACAGGCCUCCAAGGAGGCGGCAGAGUCCAACUCCUGCAAGUUUCCAGCUGGGAUCAAGAUCAUUAACCACCCCACCAUGCCCAACACCCAAGUGGUGGCCGUCCCUAACAAUGCCAAUAUCCAGAGCAUCAUCACAGCAUUGACCGCCAAAGGAAAAGAGAGUGGCAGCAGUGGGCCCAACAAGUUCAUCCUCAUCAGCUGUGGGGGAGCCCCCACUCACCCUCCAGGACCCCAGCCUCAAGCCCAAACCAGCAAUGAUCCCAAGAGGACAGAAGUGGUCACCGAGACCCUGGGACCAAAGCCUGCAGCUAGGGAUGUGAAUCUUCCUAGACCACCUGGAGCCCUUCCCGGGCAGAGAUGGGAGAGCUGUGGUAUGUGGUCUGCAAGGCAAAGGGCUGGUGGCGAGGCGGCAGGCUGCAUUCUCGACAACAGCUUGACCAACAUCCAGUGGCUUGGAAAGAUGAGUUCUGACGGGCUGGGUUCCAGCAGCAUCAAGCAAGAGAUGGAGGAAAAGGAGAAUCGUCACCUGGAACAGAAUCAGGUCGAGGAGCCCCCGGGAGCAUCCACAUCCUGGCAGGACUCUGUGUCUGAGCGGCCACCAUACUCUUACAUGGCCAUGAUACAGUUCGCCAUCAAUAGCACCGAGAGGAAGCGCAUGACCUUGAAAGACAUCUAUACUUGGAUCGAGGACCACUUCCCCUAUUUCAAACACAUCGCCAAGCCAGGCUGGAAGAACUCCAUCCGCCACAACCUUUCUCUCCAUGACAUGUUUGUUCGGGAGACGUCUGCCAAUGGCAAGGUCUCCUUCUGGACUAUCCACCCCAGUGCCAAUCGCUACUUGACGUUGGACCAGGUGUUUAAGCCACUGGACCCAGGGUCUCCACAAUCGCCUGAGCACUUGGAAUCACAGCAGCAGAAACGACCCAAUCCUGAACUCCGCCGGAACGUGACCAUCAAAACUGAACUCCCACUGGGCGCACGGCGGAAGAUGAAGCCGCUGCUCCCACGGGUCAGCUCGUACCUGGUACCCAUCCAGUUCCCAGUGAACCAGUCACUGGUGCUGCAGCCCUCGGUCAAGGUGCCACUGCCCCUAGCAGCUUCCCUCAUGAGCUCAGAGCUUGCCCGCCACAGCAAGCGAGUCCGUAUCGCCCCCAAGGUGCUGCUAGCCGAGGAAGGGGUGGCCCCUCUGCCCACCACAGGGCCUGUGCAAGAAGACAAGCUCCUGCUUGGAGAAGGGCUGUCUCCUCUGCUUCCAAUUCAGUCCAUCAAGGAGGAAGAACCCCAGCCUGGGGAAGAAAUGCUGCCCUUGGGAAGACCCAUCAAAGUAGAGAGCCCACCCUUGGAGGAGUGGCCCUCGCCAUACCCGUCUGUCAAAGAGGAAUCGUCUCACUCCUGGGAGGGCUCGUCCCACUCUCCCACUCCAAGGUCCAAGAAGUCCUACGGUGGGCUCAAGUCCCCAGCCCGGUGUGUCUCGGAAAUGCUCGUGAUUAAACGAAGGGAGGGGAGGGAGAUGAGCCGGUCUCGAAGGAAACAGCACCUUCUGCCUCCUUGUCUGGACGAGCCCGAGCUGCUCUUCGAGGGCCCUGGGGCUUCCCAGCGAGCCACAGAGCUCCCUUUGCCCGCAGAGUCCUCUGAGCCUGCCUCCCAGCUUGGCUACUCCCAGGAGGAGGGAGGACCUUUCAAGACACCCAUUAAGGAGAUGCUGCCCAUCUCCUCCACCCCAAGCAAAUCUGUCCUCCCCGUGACCCCUGAAUCCUGGAGGCUCACACCCCCAGCCAAAGUAGGGGGGCUAGACUUCAGCCCAGUACAAGCCACACAGGCUGCCUUUUGCCCCCUGCCUGAUUCCCUGGGGCUGACGGAUUUUAGCACCACCCCGCUGAAAAGUAUCCCCCUCUUUGACUCACCCCGAGAGCUCCUCAAUUCGGAGCCUUUUGACCUCACUGCUGACCCCUUCAGCACCUCUUCUCCCUCAGAUAUGGAAGUCCCCAAGCCUGACUCCCCUGGGCCAGAGGUGACCAGCCUUGUAGCCAACCGUUCUCUGACAGAAGGCCUGGUUCUGGACACAAUGAAUGACAGCCUCAGCAAGAUCCUGCUGGACAUCAGCUUUCCUGGCCUGGAGGAAGAUCCUCUGGGCCCUGACAGCGUCAACUGGGCUCAGUUCAUUCCUGAGCUGCGGUAGAGGUCUGGCCUUACCCUUGCUGCCCAAGCUGUCCACACUUCCAGGAGCUCAUGUGGCUGGGCCAUCCAAGCCUCAUCUGGAGUGAUAAUAACAGGCAGGGACCAUCCACUCCUCUAAUUCCACUUUGCCUGGUCACACCAUGGCCACUACUGAGCCCUCUGGAGGCAGCGAGGCCCUGGUGACUGGUCACUGUGCCACCAAUGCUCCCCCAGAGAAUCCAGUUCCUCACUCCCUGCUAGGAACUGAAAGGUGGGAAGAGCAAAAACAAGGGUGAAAAAAGAUUAGGAAACCCCCCAGACUGUUUACACCUGAGCCCAGCAGUCUCCCACCUUCCCUGCUCCUUGCAGCGUGGCCCUUGUAAAUAGUAUAUAUUCUCCAAAUUAUCCUCUAAUUAUAAAUGUAAGCUUAUUUCCUUAGAUCAUUAUCUAGAGACUGCCAGAAAGUGGGUGGGAUGACAAGGGAUUUCAGUUUGCUUCUGUUCCUUGCUUUUAAUUCCUAGAGAAGGGAGGACAUGCCAUGCACGGUUUCUUCCAGGCCCAGGAGACCUGCCUCAAGGACCCUUUACUGUAGACACCCAGACAAGCAGAUCUGCUUCCUAGGGUCUCUCUUAUUGCCCAUCCCUCCCACCUUCCCAUGUUUCCAAGUCCGCUUUCCUGCAAGAAGAAAUCCUGAUAAAAAGGUCUUUUGUUGGGUCAGGAGUUGAAUUGGGGGUGGGGGAGUGGAUGCAUCUGAAGCAAAGAAUGGGUGCCCAGAUGUGCUCCCAUGAGACGUUUCUCUGAUAAUGUCCCUAAUCAUGCCAGAGAGACUAGCCAUUGCCAAGAACUUGGCCCAAGGCUUGAGAAGACUGAAAGCGCCCUGCCCUGCCUAGCUUCCUUAGCUCACACCUCGGCUUUGCUACGAGCCACCCUAGGCCCCAGCUGACCUCAUGCAUGUGAGCCAGCUCAAGAACACUACCAUGACUGUCAAUAAAAUCCAGGGUGGAAGUGUG